GGAAGGAACCAACCAACAUAUAUUUGGUGCCACUGACUCUUAUGCAAAUGGUCUUUGCCAUAUUCACUGAAGUACACUCGCAUAUAUGCAAGUAUGCCAGACCUCGGUGUUGCAUAUCGGCUUUUAAGUCCUCGUCGGAGAAUGGUGUAAAUAAAGGUGGUGGGUGUAGUAGAUUGUGUGACCCCGCUCUUUUACCUCUUAUUUAAAGCUAUUCAAGUCUCUACAAUUGCCAUUCUUUUUAAUAUUAACACUUCAGCCUAUCUAUACAUACAUUGCUCUCUCAAUUCCUUUUCUUUCCCUGAACUGAAAAUAACUUUUUGGGAAAUUAUAUCGUGUUUCACCUCGCCAAGGAUAAAUCGCAGAAAUGGCAGCAGCAACGGCCCAAUCCUUUGAUAUUCCCAAACAAUAUAAAGCUAUUGUUUACGAUAAACCGGGAACCAUUUCCACAAAAGUCGAGCAAUUAAACACACCUGAACCUGGACCCGGCGAUGUGCUCGUGAGACUUACCCAUAGUGGUGUUUGCCACAGUGAUAUGGGAAUCUGUGAAAAUAGUUGGCGUGGUCUUCCUUAUCCAACGCAAGCUGGGCAAGUUGGCGGCCACGAAGGCGUUGGCGUCGUCCACAAACUAGGCCCGGGCUCGGAGAAUGGUCGAGUGAAGGUUGGUGAUCGUGUUGGAAUUAAGUGGAUCGCCUAUGCUUGUGGUGGUUGUCUUCCAUGUCUUGAGGGUAAAGAUGGAGUUUGCUUCAAUCAAAAAAUCUCUGGCUAUUAUUACCCGGGGACAUUUCAACAAUAUGCGCUCGCGCCAGCGAACUAUGUAACACCAAUUCCAGAUGCUCUGGAUUCUAAGGACGCUGCUCCUCUACUAUGUGCUGGAGUCACGACAUAUUCAGCCUUGAGAAAGAGUGAUGCUAAGAGUGGACAAUGGGUUGUUAUCGCCGGUGCGGGCGGUGGUCUUGGCCACUUGGCUUGUCAAAUCGGAAGUCGUGGUAUGGCAAUGAGAAUCAUUGGAAUUGAUCAGGGAAGUAAGGAAGAGUUGGUGAAAGAAUGCGGAGCAGAAGUCUUCAUAGAUCUCACCAAAUUUGACGAUAAAGCAAUUGCAGAGGAAGUCAAAAGAGUUACUGGUGGUAUCGGAGCAUCUGCUGUCAUUGUGUGCACUGCUUCUAAUCGCGCUUAUUCUCAAGCGCUUAGCUUUUUGAGAUUUGGAGGAACGUUGGUCUGCGUUGGAAUGCCGGAAGGCGAUUCCCAACCUAUAGCCAACUCAUUCCCUGCAGCUAUGGUCGCCCAAGAAUGGAAAAUCAAGGGUUCGGCAGUAGGUAACCAACGUGAAGCAUUGGAGGUACUUGAGAUGGCGGCCCGGGGAAUUAUUAAGACUCGUAUUCGAAUGGAGAAGAUGGAGAACUUGACGGAAGUGUUCAAGGAGAUGUCGGAGGGUAGAAUGCAAGGAAGAGUUGUACUUGAUCUGUCAUAGUGGAAGAGAAGACGACUUGCAUUUGCCACACAUAAGUUAUUAUGCAGGGGAAAUUCUUUUAAGGAUUUCUACAAGCACCAUUGAAUAGAGCUGAGAUAUGAAUGACAGACAUAUGAUGACAAUAUGAAACGAUUUCCUGAAAUCUAUCACGCCGAGGGGCA